AUGAGCAGAUGUGAGAAGAAGAGCAAGCGGAAGGAGUUGGUAAGCUCCGCCGAGAUGGGCGAAGUGCGCUACCAGCAGGGGCUCGUUAUGCUGCAGCAGGGACGACUCAGAGAGGCCAUAAAUGCCUUUGGCAAGGCGUCUUUCUUCAUGCCGCAGAAGUCGCAGCCCUUCAUUGCAGCUGCGGAGUGCUUUGUCUCCUUGUGCGACUUUAAGGGGGCUGUUAAGCAGUACCGGCGAGCCCUCUGGCUGCUGCGCCCACGAGAGGAUACGGACAGCACCACACCUUCCGUUCUUAGCGCGCUGCCGCUAGACAAGGUUUUUGCAUAUCCUACGUUUGAUAGGAGCAACAUGAGCCCUACCGGUUUUGACGGAGGCGAGGAGCAGGGCAGGGACAGCGCUGACGAGCUGCUCUCGUUGAGAACGCAGUCGAUUACUCGGCCACCUUCGUUAUCGCGCGGUACACCCCCACCGACUUUCCUUCAGGCGCGUAGUGCUUUCACCGCCGGGGAAGAUUGCGCCCUUGCCGCCGCGGUACAAACUCGCCUUGCCGGCAUUCUCGACGCGCUGAGCAUCGUCCUCUUCAACGUGAAGGACUACGUGCAGGCACUUCGCUUUGCCGAUGAGUCCCUAGAGCUGCUUGAGCACCCUCAGGUGAUGCUUCACCGUUGUGCCUACCUGAUCGCAGUUGAGCGCACAGAUGAGGCCGAAAAGGCACUGGAGAGACAUUUGAGGGACUACCCCCUUUUUUAUAUCGAGAGCAGUACACUUUUGGUGCACCUCUACUCUCAACGCCAGGCGUUUCAGCAUGCCCAGGCACUGCUAGAGGGCGUGCCUUUGAGAGAUCGCCAACAUCCCCAGGUCUUGUUGGCGCAGCAUAGCUUUGAUGGGGCUUACUCCCUUUUUCGUCAGCGGUCGAUUGACCAGUCGGAUGUGCAGGGCCUCACCCGUUGUCUGGCGGUGUUUCCAGAGGACCCGGCCCUCUCCUUUGAGCGCGCCAAAUACUACAUUAGUAAGGGACUGGACAAAAAAGCCGUACCAGACCUGUUUCGGUGCAUCAAAAUCUCUGACGGUAGCCACAAGGACGCGGUGGAACUGAUGACGCAGACCCUCUUCCGCCUCGGUUCAGGCCACGGUGGCAAAGACGGUAUCAAAAACGCUGUUGAGUACUACUCAACCUCCCUUCUUUGGUAUGCGGAUAAUAUUCCAGUGCUACUUGCCCGCGGGGAUUGCUAUACGAAGCUUGGGGAUUAUAAAAACGCCUUGCAGGACUUUCUUCGCGUUGAGCGGAUCUCCCCAAAGCACCCCGGAGCCAAACAGCGCAUAGCCCACUUACAUGACGUGUGGGGAGCCACUUUUCACGCUCAGAGGAAACUUGAGGAGGCGGAGAGGGAGUUUAGUCAGGCAAUUGCAGCAUGCGAGGAGGAGCCUCGUUACUACUACCAUCGGGCGCUUUGUCGUUUUGACAUGAAUGAGCCACUCUACGCGUUGCGUGACGUGCUCUCCUGCCAGCAGCUCGAUCCGAAGGAUCCGGCGAUCGUUGACUUUGUCAGCGCGCAUCUUGCUUUUCUGGCGCUGGGGCCAGAGGGACAGGCGUCAGAAAGUAACGCAUUGCCGAGGGCGCCGCUGCACGGAAGCCCCCGUGCGGUGUCACUCUAUGGAAAGGACGCGAGCAAAGCAGCAAAAAGGCGGUGUAACCAACAUCAGGAGCAAAUGCAGGCGCUGGAGAGAGUGGAAGUGCACAACGCGGUGGCGUUGAGGAAUGCUGAAGGCGCAAGCGGGAGGGGGCGGCUGCCAACCCUUAGUAAGCAUACUUUAGCUCCCGCCCUGGGAACUGUUUUGAAGUGCAGCAAAGCGAAGUUGUCGCUUCCAGAAGGGAGGUCGCGGUCUCCGUUACGAGGUCCUGCGGCUGCGUGGCAAAGGGGCAAAGGCCUUGCCCAUACAAGGAGACGCUGA